GCCAAAUUAAACCAUGAUUGCCAGUUAUCCCGCCCAUUCAAAGUCUCCGCUCUGCAGAGAGAGUCGACUCGAAGUUUCCGGUGUGUCGUCAGUGUGAUCUUCCGGUGAGCGUCCAGAUACGCAGACAUGCCUCUUGCAAAGGAUCUGUUGCACCCGAGCCCUGAGGAGGAAAAGAGGAGACACAAGAAAAAACGUCUUGUACAGUGUCCCAAUUCCUAUUUUAUGGAUGUCAAAUGUCCAGGUUGCUACAAGAUCACCACAGUGUUCAGUCACGCUCAGACUGUAGUGCUGUGUGUCGGCUGUUCCACAGUCCUCUGCCAGCCCACAGGAGGGAAAGCUCGCCUUACAGAAGGAUGCUCAUUCAGGAGGAAACAGCACUAGUUUGACCAGCCAUGGUUGGACGCAGUUAAGGAAGAGAAUGAACAGAGCUUGAUGGACAUCAAGUAACACUGCCAUGGAGCUGAUGCAGCAAUGAGAAAAUUGAGUGGGAAUGCAAAUCAUGUAAUAUAAGUCUAUUUACAGAAUAUUUACAGAGAAAUGCUUGGCGUUGUUGAGACCCCACCAACACCACAUAUUCAUUAAUUCUUCUCUCUUAAUAUUUUGGUAAAAAUAAUCUUGCAUGUUUGUCAUCCAGUUUGUUCUUUUUGGCUCUUGAAGGUUCUUAGAUGUCAUUUGUCUGGUAAAAGACACUUGUCAACUCAGGACUCCUUAAAAAUGUGUGCUGGUAAAGAUCAGGGCAUUUGAGGACUAUGGCAUUUGGUAUCCUCCAAGUGUACAGAUGUGUGGCCUCGAUGUUUUUUUUGUGGCGAGUAAUUUGCAUUUGUUUGCAUUACAUCCUCAAUGAUUAUGCACAAACAUUUACAGGAAGUUGAGGUGAGGGUAUAAGGAGCCUUGCAGAUAUUGUCCAACAGUUGCUCAGCACUAUAGAUUUAUGCAAAUUACAUUAGACCAGUUCUAGGAAAGGAGACACACUGGCUGAAAUAGCAAAUUACAUCCAACAAACUGUACUUUACUACAGAGUUUUACUAUGUAGAAGCUGCACUCUGCAUAAUUUAAUGUUGACUGACAUUGAUGUCAUCAGUGCCUGCUCCAAAGCCAGUGGUGUUGGUGCUGGGCCUGCUCUCGGUCUCAUCGAGGGUUGAUUCAGGGAAAGUCUUGCUGGCUCUGCUUUUGUUUCCCGAUGCUUGUAAAACACAAACACAGUAACACUAAAUAACAUCAUAAUGAACAUUGUGGUUGUGAAUUUACAUGUGCUUGCAUGCUUCCUGUGAAAAUGAUGUGGGAUGAUUUCUUGUGAAGUUGCAAAUGAAAUCAGAGUGAGAAAAUGCUAGAGAUAAAUCAGAUAAAAUCAUAAUUUGUGUCCUACAGUUAACUCAGCUUUAGUUUAGGCUUGUGGGCCAUUUGCACAGUCUCUAUGUGACAGCGCUGAGUUGUACCCUGAAUAAAGAAACUAAAUCAGGAGAGGGAGUGAAUAACUUUCUUGUUGCUAUGGUGACAUCUUUCUUAUGUCUUGCUUGCACAUUGGACACAGCUUAUAAAUAAAAUCCUGGUAAAUGGGAAUAUGA